AUGGAGCUUCUUUUUCUACGGUGUCUGCCCCUCAGUGGCCUGUGGAGACCCCCGGUGGUGGAGCACGCCAGGACCUUUGGUCAGAGGAAGGACCGCUACGGAGAUCAAACUCGCUGUGCGGUACCAGUGCGCCGAGGGCUUCGUCCAGCGCACGUGCCCCCAUCCGCUGCCAAGCCCGACGGGCACUGGAGGAGCUCGGAUCACCUGCACGGACCGGGUCGAGAAGUGCACCGCAUCUACAAAGCGCCGGUACAGAAGCGGAGCUCUCGGCCCGCGGAAGGAGCCGCCCCAGGGCCACCGACGUGUGUGAUGGAUUAUUGCACGUGUGUGUCUGGUCGCCUUCCCAGCUACGGAGGGGACCUGUGUGAGAUCGACCAGGAGGUUUGCGAGGAGGGCUGGACCAAGUUCCAGGGCAACUGCUACCGCCACUUCCCCGACCGCGAGACCUGGGUGGACGCCGAGGGCCGGUGUCGGGAGCAUCAGUCACACCUGAGCAGCAUCGUCACCCCGGAGGAGCAGGAGUUUGUCAACAACAAUGCCCAAGACUACCAGUGGAUCGGCCUGAAUGACAGGACCAUCGAAGGCGACUUCCGCUGGUCAGACGGACACUCCUUGCAAUUUGAGAACUGGCGCCCCAACCAGCCCGACAACUUCUUUGCCACCGGAGAGGACUGCGUGGUGAUGAUCUGGCACGAGAAGGGCGAGUGGAACGAUGUUCCCUGCAAUUACCACCUGCCCUUCACUUGUAAAAAGGGCACAGUGGCCUGUGGAGACCCCCCGGUGGUGGAGCACGCCAGGACCUUUGGGCAGAGGAAGGACCGCUACGAGAUCAACUCGCUGGUGCGGUACCAGUGCGCCGAGGGCUUCGUCCAGCGCCACGUGCCCACCAUCCGCUGCCAGCCCGACGGGCACUGGGAGGAGCCUCGGAUCACCUGCACGGACCCCGCCACCUACAAGCGCCGGCUACAGAAGCGGAGCUCUCGGCCCCCGCGGAGGAGCCGCCCCAGCACGGCCCACUGAGAGGAGCCUGCAGCACGCGCCAAGGACGCUGAGCCCAGGAGCCUGCCAGGCUGACAGCGCGCCCCUCCCAGACGGUGUCCUCUUCUUGUCACUUUCUGUCAUAUAAGGAAUCCCAUUAAAGAAGGAAAAAAAAAAAUCCUACAUUGUGUAUGCACCCACUGACCCCGCCCCAAAUCACCAAAACUGCAUCCAAUUUGUCCCCUAAAUGCCAAAGCAAAGCAAAUUGAUUGUAACCCGCGGACUGAGUUUAGAGACAUUUCUUCAAUCUCCCGUUGUGCCUUUCCAGGGACCAGUGCAGGGACAGGGAAGAAGGGGAGGGUUAAGUUAAAUAAAGAAGAUUAUUUUUGUUUCCUGACUUUA